UUUCUGAAUAAUAAUAAAAACGCUAUUAUCAAUGAUUUAACUGUUGCGAUAUAAUAUGGUAAACUAUAAUUACGUUCUAUUAUGCUAUUAGAUACAAAGAUUCUCAUUUUGACGGCAACGUCAGAAUAUCUUGCCAUAGCGCUGACUAUUAACAAACCAGAAUUAUUACCAUAAUGUAAGCUCCAUCAUUCUUGUUUAAUUACCGGUAUCAGGCUAAAUUUACCGAACUGCCGGCAUGAUGACGAGGCUUCGUAAAAUGAAAUCACAGUGAUUCUCAUGACUCUUAUUAACCGUUUCACUGUCGCAGACGCUUCAUAGGAAUUUAAAUCAAACAGUAUAGCGUAACAUAUCGUCAUUUUAUGAAUGCGUCUUCUCUGCAAUGUCGUCUGCUGUAAUUGAGAUUAUACCGACAAGGCUUGUCGGAGCGGAAGCUUACAAUCAAAAUAUGGCAUCAGAUUCCAGUUACGGAAUUAUUCAGGAGAAUUCCACCGCUCAACUAAUGAAUGAAACUGUCUCUCAUUACUUUCGAGAACGUGAAAUAUGCGAACUUCACAAUGCAAGGGAAGUUACAAUUGCCGAAAAGGUGGCAUGUAUUAUUGCAGUUCUCACUAUAUUGGAAAAUAGUGUGAUUCUCUCUGCGAUAACAAAGGGCCAUCGAAGCUUGAGAAAGCCCCCUUAUUGGUUUAUUGCCAGCCUUGCUGUCGCCGAUCUUUUCACAGGUUUUGAAGUAGUACUGGCAAUCUUCAUUCCAAUUGGUGACAAUCCAAUGAGUAGGAUUGUUUUGAAGGGAAUCGCUGUCGUUACCUUCAUUGCAUCUGUGAACAGUUUACUCCUAGUAUCCGUGGACAGAUAUAUCCGCAUCGUUCGGCAUGCGGAAUAUACAAGGAGAAUGAACAGGAAAACAAUUGUUGCUCUCAUCCUAGGAUCUUGGAUACUUUCUAUCGGCGUUUUUCUGGUGGCCCCUCUCGUAGGAUGGUCUUGCAGUGAAGUGCAUUGCUGCGCGCAUGAUGGACUAUGCGCUUGCCUCCGCAGUCAGUUUGGAGACGAUGUUUGUGGGCGUGAUUGUUCUCAAUCUUUCAUCCCAUUCAAAAAGAGCUAUAUUUUAUUGGGCGUCGUCUAUUUUGCGAUUUCGGUUAUCAUAAUGACAACAGCGUAUGGAGUCAUAUUCAAAGUCGUUAAGGAAAAAACAUUCGGAGGGGGCGACGGUAAAUCAAAGACACGGGAAGUUCGACUUGCAAAAACGCUCGUCAUCACACUGGGAAUUUUUGUUUUAUGUUGGUUGCCAGUACAAGGUCUUUUCAUUGUUGACUUGGUAACUGUGGAACAUAGCGAGACGCUGUCGAGAGCUUUUGAUUUCGCCUUGGUUCCUUCCGUGAUCAAUUCUUUCAUGAAUCCGAUUAUAUAUUCAAUACGUCUACCGCACAUGAGAACGACAAUACAGCGAAUAUUUUUACCCUGCAUUUACGGAAACGGAAAAAGCGGAAGCACUUGGGUAUCUUCCACGUCAGGAGAAAGUCGAUUUCGUCGUUUUUCUGGACGUAAGAAAAACAAAGAUGCAAGACAGAAGUACAAAUCUGGUGACACGAGUAGCAGCGGAACUAAGAUUCCAACUCCGCCAACUGAAACGAGAGAACGAAUCACAUCCAACAAAUCUUUGCUCCCUAGCGAGGUUUCGAUCACGCCAUAACAAGAGUACACUGCCGUUUUCUGGAGUUGUCGGAUAUACACAAGUUUGGGAGAAUGUACACACAUCCGAUAUUCCACAAGAGAACAUAUUAUCUUUGAAACCCCUCCUAACGAUCGGAGAUACGGUAACAAUUACCCUGCGAAUAGAAAACGUACAUUUUCCAAGGUGAAGCAGUGAGCUGACGACAGAACAUAUAUAUAUAAUAGUCAAUGCACUCAAUAUUUCACUCGUUCGCCGCAUAAGAAAUUGUACCUGAUCGAAAGACGUUAGCACAAAACGCUCCAGUCGUUUCAUACCAAAUAAAUUUCGUGGCAAUAUUCAAGUCACAUUGUGAUUGCGAGUUACGAUGUUUAGGUGACGAUACUUGCUUACCUGGGCGUGAAUGAAGCAUAAAAUAGCAGCAUUACACUUGCCUGUGGGAAUGUGAUCAUUUCAAUCAGUUAUAUUAUAUAUACUAUAUUAAUUCCUAAUGGUGUGUCGUGUAUGACUCCGAAUAGUAUUAGGAUGACUUUGUUUCGUGGCGGGCUUGACUUGGUAAAGAUGGUAAAUAUUUUUCCUUACCUUUACUUACAAAAAGUGAUAAACCUGCGUCCAUAUUCAGUAUUGAGAGAGCUUUUCAACUAACACAACCAAAUUUCGCAUCAUGGAUUGUUUGAGAGCAUAGGUAUAUAUUAUACAUGCAAUAUUUUCGUGCAGUUUACAACCCAUAUGCCCUUAGUACGUCUAUAGUAUUCUCUGGUGUCAAACAUGCGGUAUAUUAAUGUACAAUGUAUCUUGAAUCUUUCAUUUUUCUCUAUUCACUUUCUGCGCUAGGUCGACAGUCGACACAUUCCGGUUAGAAAAUUUCCCAUUUUUGUUUGCAAUAAACUAUGUAUAAAAUACAUAUGGACCAUGAACGAAUUUUAGCUCGAAAACGCAAUUUAUCUCUUGCUCAAGCAUGAAAAUGACUAAAUUCUUAAUAAUUAAGACUUUGAUUUCUAAAACAAAAAUUGAAGGUGUCAUGUCAAAGCAACAAUGCAAAAACACGUUGUCGUGUCCUAGGUCACGUUCAUCCGCUAUGGGUGUAACAUUCCUGGUAUUCAUCCAAUGACACAGCUCUAGGUUUCAAUUGUAAAUUUGACCUAGUCAUUUACAAUUGAAGCAUCACUGUCUUUGGUGACGCCAGGUAACAGAAUUGUGCAGUAUAUAUUAUGUAAAAACGUUUAUGUGUGCAGAAUUACAUUUUAUAUUUUACGUAUGUAAAAAUUAUUCCUUUGUGUGAGAUUAUAUGCAACAAUAAAAACAACAG